AGCCGGUUGAAUUAGCUUCUCCAUCGACUUUCAUCAUGGUGGGGCUGCCUGCCUUCCUGGCUGCUAAGGUUCCGAGAUUAUCCCGCUCGCAGAUCCACUCAGGGACCACAACCCUUAGAGGACGUCGACAUCGACAUCAUCAAACACCAUGGGUGAAGGCGGUGCACCGGGAGAAUUUUGGCUCUUUGGUUACGGGAGCUUAAUCUGGAAGCCCCCGCCACAUUAUGAUCAGCGCAUUCCGGGAUUUAUAAAAGGCUAUGUCCGAAGAUUUUGGCAGGCCAGUGAAGAUCAUCGUGGCACACCCGAAGCACCAGGCCGUGUUGUGACGCUGAUAGAGCGUCCAUUCUGGGAGACGCUUGAGGAUGUGCAUAGCGUGAGCGACGACAAAGUCUGGGGCGUGGCGUACCGCAUUCGACCAGACAAGGUCGAAGAGGUACAGCAGUAUCUAGACAUUCGAGAAAUCAACGGCUACUCGAUCCACUACACACCCUUUUAUCCGGCAGACCGGGAAAUACCAACAAUACGAUGCAUGGUCUACAUUGGUCUCCCCAAUAACCCGCAGUUUGUCGGUUCGCAGGACCCCGAGAGACUCGCCGAGCAUAUCCUUCGCAGCAAAGGACCGAGUGGCGAGAACAAGGAAUACUUGUUAAUGUUGGAGCGAGCAUUGGAGGAAUUAGCCAUCGACAGCGGUGACGAGCAUAUUCUGGACCUGGCUACGAGGCUAAGGAAAUUAGAGGCCCAGUGUACGCCUGGUGUCACAGCGCCGCCCGAGGUUGAAGAGGCAUUUGCUGUAGAUAAUGAACUCAAUAGAGUGGGCACCACGGAUGAGCAAGAAGAGGUUGAGAAAGCAUCUCAGCAAUAAUACAAAUCAGAAAAUAAGAGGAAAAAAC